AUGAACCAUGAUGCGUCGGUCGCCUUGCUUGCAUCAAUUUUCGAAGAAUCUGAUAUUGACGAGCUUGUCGAUGCAUUGAAAGCUACUGGCGGCGAUGCAGAACUAGCCAUCGAACGACUCAUUCAAGUAGCAAAUUCUAAGAAACGGCCUUGUGAGUCGCCGGCAACAAGUACAUCUACCUGCUCGGGUCAACAGGCUCCGAAUCGUCCAAAGAAAACGAAAUUGGUCACUGUUGACUCGUGGUUGAGGUCGCCCAAUCCUGCAAGAAAUCAGUCUUCGGGCACAGAUUCGGGUAUCGUUGAACAAGUCGCCAAACCUCCGUCCUAUGGCGAUCAGAUGGGGAAGAGUACACAUCAUGGAGCAAUGGGAUCCCAGCCGCUUCGCUCUAUCAAUGAUGUCUUAGGCCCACCCGACCUAUCGAAGGAGCUAAGAACCCCUCGAUCCCUACCACCCCUCUUCCUUUCGACCCCCAAAGACGUUUCCGCUCGCCUUCCUUGUUGCAGUUUGAUCUAUAAUGUAUUACCGAAAGACUUGGCCAUACGACUCUACCUCAGCAUGGUGGCAGAUAGUCAAGGUGAUGGCAAAGACAAGAUACCUUGGACAAAAAAUCGUUGGUGGUUAAAUGACCGUGAAGUAGAAAGCCCACAUUCAACAGCUUUUUUUGUAUCUAAUCUUCAGGGAGAUGGCGAUGACUGUUCAGUGGAUUAUGCUGAAUCAGCACAAUAUUGGUACGCGGGGAAAGCUUUGGAGGCCGAUGCGAAACCGCGAUAUUUCCUUUCUGAAAUGGAAGACGCAAAACGAUUGAUUGAACCAAUAGUCAAUGGACUCCUUCGAAAUGAUCCCAAAAUGAUUGAGAUGGCUCAACGAAGUCUUGUCACGAAUCCUGUGGAACGUUUUUCUGACGAGUGGAAUGGUGACUGGAGAGCUAAUGUAGCUGCUUCAAACUCAUACCGUGGAAGUCAGGAAUCAGUUGGCUGGCAUGCAGACCAGCUGCAACAGCUUACCUACUUAGGUCCGUAUCCCACUAUUGCCUCUCUAUCCCUGGGAACUGGCCGACAAUUCAGGUUACGAGCUGUGCGCAACCUGAAUGACCCUCUUGCCCCACCACCUCGCACGUAUAGCAUCUUCUUGCCCCACAACUCUCUUCUGAUCAUGCAUGGAAGCUGUCAGGAACGCUACAAACAUUGCAUCCCAAAGCAAUCCUCGAUUGAUGUUUUCAAACCGCUAUCGAAUACUGAAAGCUAUAUAGAACGGAUUAAUAUAACCUUUCGCUUCUAUCGACCAGACUUUCGACCUUCUCGAGUCAAUGAGGCCACCCCCGAUGAAAACCUGGGGACUCCUAGAUGUCACUGUGGCAUCCCAACUAUCUUACGGGCUGAUCAAAAAGGAAAAGCAUCAAUCAACUCUCUGAAAUCCAAAUCUUUCUCUGCACCUUCACAAGGCAAAUCGACUGAUCAGCAGACACAGUCAGACUAUAAACUACUGUUCUUUUGGCAUUGUCAAGGAAGCCUACAAAACCAGGGUAAAAAUUGUGGAUUUUUUCGCCUUUUAGAUAUGGAACGAGAGGGCCGCGGACCUUGUUUAGGAGCUGAACGGGCUGCAGAACUUUCAACUUUCCAAAUCAAUUCGAUGUCAUCAACAUCACUCGUGCCAUAUUGA